UCCACAUAAAAACAUACAACUCUCAGGAUCAAGAAGCUAAUUCAUAUUCAUACUAAGUAACAAUGGUGGUUCUUCAACUUCUGUCUCCCUCUAUCUGUCAACAUACUUCAAAGAAUCUGACCCACGUGGUAGCUAUUUCAAGAUCACCAGUAUCUUCACCUCAGUUAUUUUCAAUUCCAAAAUCAUCAGAUUUUGCCCCACUGAUCUCUAAACUUAAAUCCAACUCUCUGAAUUUGGCACUUACUGGAACCGUGGCCCUUGCAUUAACCUUUUCAGGAGUUGGAUUUGCCGAGGCAAAAGUUGGGGUUAAUAAACCAGAAUUACUUCCCAAAGAAUUCACCACAGUCAUUGAUGUUGCUGGCUUCCUCUCAGAAGGUCAGGAGAAACGACUUGCAAAGGAGAUUGAUUCUAUUGAAAAAGAUACUGGAUUUAAGCUCCGAGUUCUAGCUCAGAACUAUCCUGAUACACCAGGCUUGGCAAUUAAAGAUUUCUGGCAGGUGGAUGAUAGAACUAUCGUUUUUGUUGCUGACCCAACAUUUGGGAAUAUCUUGAACUUUAAUGUUGGUGAGACUGUGGACUUAGACAUACCACGUAGCUUUUGGAGUCGCUUGGCGGGUAAAUAUGGAAAUAUGUUUUACUGGAAAGAAAAGGGAGAGGACGCAUCUGUUGAAGCUGCAGUUAUGGCAAUAUCUAGUUGCUUAAGAGAACCUGUGGGAGUCAACAAUUGUGCAGAGGUAAAAUAAACGGCAGGGGUGAUUGUGUUGAAUGUAGAAUUUUCAGAGUCACAAGUCAUAAAAUGAACCCCGUUUGCUGUAAAAAUUGUAUUGUUUGGAGUUCUAUGACAAAUAUCUAUAAUAUGAAUGAAUCUACUAUUUAGUAUAA